UGGAAAGGAUCAGUCAAAAGAAAGCAAAAAAGAAGGGGAAUCAAACAUUUUAUAAUGUCAAAGUUGGUUGCUUAAAGCAUUGAUGAUAUGAUUUGAAGAAUUUUAAUCUUGCUUUGUACCCACUUAUUCUGGAGCCUUGUCUAUUAAUUACCUCUCAUCUCAAGCACAUGAGAAAUCAGUGAUAUAAAAAGGCAGAAAUUGAGAGGUCUUAUAGGUCUCCCUGCCUCUAGGUUUUGUUUGUUAUAAAACUUGAGAAACUUUGUUUUCCAGGAGUGAGUGAUAGCUAGCUAUGAAGAGUUUCUUCUACUAGCUAGUCUAACUGAGACUGAUCGAAUGGCCGGGGAGAUGAAGGGAUUCGACGAAUGGAAGCCUUUCAUUGCUAUGGUAGCCAUAGAUUUUGCGUUUGCCAUAGUGAAUAUUCUGCUCAAGAAAGUGCUUGAUGAAGGAAUGAACCAUUUGGUUCUCAUUACGUAUCGGUUGACAAUUUCGACCAUCUUCUUGGCUCCAAUUAGCUACUUUUGGGAAAGGAAUAGUAGACCAAAACUCACACCAAGGAUUGUAUGUUACCUCUUCUUGAGUGCCAUUGUUGGGUCAUCCAUAACACAGUACUUCUUUCUCCUUGGAAUCCAAUACACAUCUGCUACUUUUGCUUGUGCCUUUGUCAACAUGGUGCCUAUGGUCACAUUCAUCAUGGCAGUACCGUUCGGGUUAGAGAAGGUGAACUUGAAAUGCAAUAGCGGUAGAGCCAAAGUACUCGGUACACUGGUGUGCUUAUGCGGUGCAGCGAUAUUGACACUUUACAAAGGAGUUCCUUUGUUUGAUCAUUCGAAAUCUACGAGUACUCAAAUUACCAUGAUGGAUCAUGGUAUCAAGCUGAGCAGCACCAGAAACAAAGAGAGAUGGACUAUUGGUUCAAUAGCUUUGGUUGCAGGAACACUGUUAUGGUCUUCAUGGUUUCUAGUGCAAUCAAACAUAGGCAAGCUAUAUCCAUGUCAGUAUUCCAGCACUACUAUAAUGAACUUCUUUGGUGCCAUUCAGUCCGGAAUCUUAGGUUUGUGCACUAGUAAGAACCUCUCCGUGUGGGUUCUGAGGGGAAAAGCACAAGUUCUCACUGUCAUGUUUGCCGGGAUGAUAGCAUCAGGCUUGGGCUUUGUGGGGAUGUCAUGGUGUGUGAAGAAAAGGGGACCUGUGUUUACUGCAGCAUUUAGCCCCCUUGUUCAGAUUAUGGCAGCGGUGAUCGGUAUCCCCAUGUUUCAUGAACAACUCCACCUUGGAAGCAGCUUGUUGGGGUCUAUCAUUGUGAUAAUUGGCUUGUAUAUUCUUCUUUGGGGAAAGAAUAAAGAAAUGCAGAAGUAUAUGGCAAAACUAGCCCAAGAAGCCGAAGCGAUGAAGGAGCAGGAGCAACCUUCUCCUCCACCAGUCAUCAUCAGAGUCUCCGUUGAUGAUGAUUCAAGGUGUCCAUGAAGCCAAGUUACACAUGCAUGGUUUCUUAUUCAGAGGCUUUUAUUUUUAUUUUUUUCCUCCCAAUUGAAUUAUGAUCUUCUAGCCAGGAAACUGACAGAGAAAAAUCAGUUGGUAUAACCAGAAUAAAAGAAGAUUUGAAUUCUCCCCUGUUUAUUUGAUAAUGUCAACUAGGUUCUCUGCUAAACAUGCUGGUUUUGUUAAGCUUGCUAUUUGUCUCUUCACAUCCCACAUAGGAGACAGCGAAAAGCAGGGAAGUAAAAGACCGUACAAAAUAGGAGACAUGCCAUUUUAUCAAGCAUACCUUUCUCGGCCUUUUGGCUAAGAUCAA